GAGCCGUGGGCGGCGUGGCGGUGCUAGCAGGGCGCAGGGCCGGAGGUGCUGGGCUUCACCGUGGCUUAGCUCACGGAGCUGUGGUGUGUCUCUCGCGAAAGCUCAGCCUAACGGACAGGAGAAGCAUCGGGCAGAGGCGGCCCCCACCGGCUAGUGCAGGGCCUCGGGCCGAGUGGGGCCGAGAGCUGCGGGAGUAAGCGGCGGCGGGUCCCGAGCGCUGCGCGCCAUGGCGGGCGGGCCCCCCAAGGCCCUGCCGUCCACGGGCCCCCAGUCCUUGCGAGACAUGCCGCACCCGCUAGCCGGCUCCAGCAGCGAGGAGGCCGUGGGAGGCGACAGCACGCCCAGCCCGGACCUACUGAUGGCCCGCAGCUUCGGUGACAAGGAUCUCAUCUUGCCCAAUGGUGGGACUCCAGCAGGCACUUCGAGUCCAGCUUCUUCAUCGUCUCUUCUGAACAGACUUCAGCUUGACGAUGACAUUGAUGGUGAAACCAGAGAUCUCUUUGUCACAGUUGAUGAUCCCAAGAAGCACGUCUGCACAAUGGAGACCUACAUCACAUACAGGAUCACCACCAAAAGUACACGGGUGGAGUUUGACUUGCCAGAAUAUUCUGUUCGUCGACGAUACCAGGAUUUCGACUGGCUAAGGAACAAACUGGAAGAAUCGCAGCCCACUCAUCUCAUUCCCCCACUUCCUGAGAAGUUUGUGGUGAAGGGUGUCGUGGAUCGCUUUUCAGAAGAGUUUGUGGAGACCAGAAGAAAAGCGUUGGACAAAUUCCUAAAACGGAUUACAGAUCACCCCGUGCUGUCUUUCAAUGAACACUUCAGUGUGUUCCUCACUGCUAAGGACCUGAAUGCCUACAAGAAGCAGGGGAUAGCAUUGCUGACCAGAGUAGGUGAGUCAGUCAAGCAUGUCACUGGAGGCUAUAAGCUGAGGAGUCGGCCUCUGGAGUUUGCAGCCAUCGGUGACUACUUAGACACUUUUGCACUCAAACUGGGAACCAUCGAUCGGAUAGCCCAGCGGAUCAUCAAAGAAGAAAUAGAGUACCUCGUAGAGCUGAGGGAAUACGGGCCUGUGUAUUCCACGUGGAGCGCCUUGGAAGGCGAGCUGGCAGAGCCGCUGGAGGGCGUGUCAGCCUGCAUUGGGAACUGCUCCACAGCCUUGGAAGAGCUGACAGAUGACAUAACAGAAGAGUUUCUGCCUGUGCUCAGGGAAUACAGUCUGUACUCUGACUCUAUGAAGGGUGUGUUGAAGAGGAGGGACCAAGUUCAAGCAGAGUACGAAGCCAAACUGGAAGCUGUGGCUCUGAGGAAGGAAGAGCGGCCCAAGGUGCCAGCAGAUGUGGAGAAGUGCCAGGAUAGGAUGGAGUGCUUCAAUGCAGACCUGAAGGCUGAUAUGGAGAGGUGGCAGAGCAACAAGCGACACGACUUCCGGCAGCUGCUCGUGGGCUUGGCUGACAAGAAUAUCCAGUAUUAUGAGAAGUGCCUCAUGGCGUGGGAGUCGGUUAUUCCACUACUGCAAGAGAAACAAGAGGCCAAGUAGCUUUGGUUUUGGAAGAGACUCUUCUGCCUCCACAGGGCAUGGUACCCUGAACCAGAAUGUCCCUGCAGUGCCAGAGAGGUCGCCGUGGGAAAACAGCACAACAGCACCUCUUGUGUGUGUACUUUCUCCCCUGUCCCCCACAGUUGUUUUCAGUUAGUAUUUAUUCCUUGGAGUCUGAGGCUGUAAUCAUCUCUCAGCAGAAGCAUACCUCCAUAUUGUGAAGGAACCUCUUAAACUGAACACUACGAAGACUUGAACCUGAGGGGCAGGAUAACCCCCACAUGACAUGUGACAUCACUUUGGGGACAGCCCAGUUGCCAUUGUAGGACAGAAUCCCAGGCCUGUGUCUCAGGGACCUGGGGAAAUAGGAAGAAAGCAGCUGUGACCUGCUGCAGAGACACUGUGGCUCUGCACCUCACCUGUGAGGGCAUUGAGCGACCAGCAUGGAAGGAGGUGUGGGUACCUUCUCAGAAUGUCCUUAAUUUACAGUGGCCUGUGGCUGUGGCCGUGGCCUGCUGCCUGCUCAUGAUGAGUGGCAUCUAUUUACUUGUUUCUGUUUCACAUGGGGCCACCUAAAUCUGUGUCUGUGAGCAUCAAUGCUUGAGUGAGCAAGCCCGCGUCCAUGUCCUUACAGGAUGCCUCAGGAUCUUGUUUCUGACACCAGAGUGCAACAGAUGAGAAGCCUUUUGGUGUGAACUGGAAAAAAAGGUGCAUUUUUCUCUGUGGAGGUCUUUGUGUGUUUUGCUUGUUAACUGUCAUCGUGGUUGGGAUUAGACCUGUUUGGAAACAGCUACUGUCAGUGUCGCUCUGGUGUGCCAAGCCCCAGCUCUGAUGUCUGCUUUGUGCAGUUUGCCUUUACCUCACCAAACAUGUCUAGUUUAAUCUUCCUGCUGUGCUCACUGACUUCUAGGCAGCCUUGCAGUGAGGGCUGGUGGGCUGUAUUGUUUUUGCUGUCAAGAUUUGUAAACUCAGUGUGACUUCUACAUGAGCGUUUUAACCCUCAAAAUUCUGUGGUCAGGAAGAAAAGCAUCCACAGUUUCCUCAGAGACGAGAAGAGCGACAUGAUGCUUUUUGUUUCAGGCUAUGUGGAAAUCUCCGUUCGCAGCCAAAAUCUGGGGGCCGCCAAUGUGCUUAACAUCUUCAUGUGAAGCUUUUCAAAUUUCCAUAAAGCUAACAACCAGAAUGGACCUCUCUUCCAUACCGUUGUUCCUGCUAAAAAGAAGCUGUGUAUUUGUCUUCUUUCAUCUGUGACUCUUUGCUAAAAAUCUGUAGAUCUGAGCCACAGGUCAAUGGAAGGGGCUUUGUUUUUAAGGUGAAGCAGUCAAGGGUUGCUUCAUUUACAAGUUAAUUUGCAAAUCUGAUCAUCAGACAGCAUGCUGAGUCCUGUAAUUCCCUCUAAUGUGGAGUCAGCUGCGUCUGGGACAUCAUGGGACAGCAGCUAGGUAGCAUGAAACAAUUUGUCUUCUCACAUUUGACAGAUUUGUGAUAGAAAUAAUAAUUCCUGCAUCUAUUGGUACUUUCCUAAACCCUAUCUGUGCCAUCCCAGUGUCCUUGAUGUGAAUUUUCUUUGGUACAAAUAGAAAUGGCUCAGUGAGGCAGAAGAGUAAGAACAGCCCAUACACCCCAACUCCAGUGAGUUGGCAUCUCAUUCUACCUCUCAACCACCAGGUUGGUGUGGGUAUGGAUGCUCAGAGCCAACCCAAGCUUGCUGGUAGAGUCAGGGUGUAUAUUUAGUCACCAACUGGCCUCCAUUGUGUAUAUUAGCCGACAUCAGACUGGCCCAAAGGUGAUGUCCAUCUUUGAGAAACAUGAAGCUUUGCUUUGUGGACCGUAUGCUUUGUGGAGCACACAGUAACAUAAUGAUGCAUACAAUAAUGUAAUGACUCAUGGGAAGAACAUAGAUAAAAUUAUGAAGAAGUUAAAAUUUGAUGACCAACUAAUUGCCAAAACACCAAGUCAAUCCUGUGUGCUGGUUAGUUAUGCAAGAAGAAAACUCCGUAGAAACAGCCUCCAGCUUCAUUGAGAACUGUAGGGAAGGAAGCGGGGUCCACAGCCAUUCCCUCAUGAGAGGUGGCUCUCACAGCAUCUUGAGAUGUUUGUCUUGUUGUGUUUAUUUGGCCAGUAAGCAAUGUCCUUGGGCGUUGAGCUUCCAGAAAGAGCUGGAAUAAUGGAGACUUUCUGUCCCCUUGGAACAGUGUCAGUGGCAGAGCCAUGGACGCCCAUGCACAAGGGUGUCCUUCUCAGGAUGGCAGCUGGUGAGCUGAGGAGGCUGGCCUAGAAGAAAAGGAACAAUAGACAGUGAAGGAGGCCUUCCACCCUCCUUGCUUCAGAGGCUCCCUCAGUCCGUGGAAGCUCACCAGUUGAAAGCAUACACAAAAGAGAUUCCCUACGGGAAGCAUAGCUCAGAGACUACAGUGCCAAAAUGCCCCAGAGAGGCUCUAUCACUUAUUUCUGGAGCCGACGCCUUUCCCUGAAGUCACAGGUCCCUCUGACUUAUUUUCCAUGUGACUUUGCCUUAACGGUACCAUAGGCAGAGGGAUGCAGAUAACUUUUGAGGCUUGGACACAUGCCAGUGAAAUGAAAGUUGGCUGUAGGCAAUUGCCCAGGUCCUGAGAAAUGGGGCCUUGUUCACCGGAUUAGAAACCUGCAAAGGCAGGGAAUUCUUCAAGUCAAGGAGCUGGGAGAGCCGGGAUUGUUUAGGACAGUUGUGGUUUGUAGCAGGAAAGGAUACUACUGAUGUUGGGAUUUGCAAGAAGAAUCUGGGUUGUGCUGCUCAAAACAAGGAGGCCUUGCUCUGGAGUAAGGAGGGAAUGACCCCUCAGCCCUCAGUGUGGGGUCAGUUUCAUCCUCUCCUAAGGCCCAGACAGUGUUUGCUGCUGAGCAGGAAGUAGGGUUAGGAUGGGCUUGUGCCUCUCCAAGCUGCUCCUCACUGCACCAGAUAGUUUCCCUUAGCUGAAAGAAGAAAACCUAGCAUGCAUGGGGUAGAGGUGGAAUGUAAGACGCGUCUCUAUGCCAAAUGGAGUGUGCAGAAUGUAAACAGAAGGGAACAUGUGAACACUGCAGUGUCUGCUGAGGGAGGGCCUGUGGAGACUUUCAUUUUAGAAGUGGGCAUGAUGACAGUGUUUCUCUUUUAGGACAACACCCAUGGAACACUCGAAGGCUUGUGUGAUUUGUCCUGUCCUGUGGCACAGAAGCCAGAGGUAGCUGGCUGUUUUGAUGAGGUCAUUUGACUGUAAGAAGGCUGAGGUGAGGCUCUGUUAUGGGGCUGACUGUUCUUAGUCUUAUCUGUUUGAACAUUCCUGGGUAUGACUUUAUGUAUGGCAAAAACCCAUGUUACCAAAGUAGUUUUUAACUACUGCGAUUUGUAAAUAAGUGUUGUGGGGAGAAAAAAAAAAACCCUUUAAAAGAUCAGUAUGUGUCUCAUAUUUAUGUACUUAGCACUUGAAAACCCAACACACCCAGAAAAAGACAGAGAUUGUUAAAAGCCUAAUUGUAGUUCAUAACAAUUUGUCAGUACCUACUGAUUGCCUUACUCUUCAGCUAGUGGUUUAAAGAGUCUGUACAGAAAGUUUUACACAUGGAAACAGUUGGUGUAGAAACUUAAUAUAGGCAGCUGCCAUCUUCUUAAAGUUUCAAGCCAGAAGGUGGGGGCCACAGAAGGAAGGUGGCCUUUCAGGUGGCAAGAUUAAAUAUCGCUGUUGCCAAAUAGUAUUUGAGAUAAUAACAGGAAACGGACCACAGUACUGUUUGAUGCUUUUGGAUGAGAAAGACGAAUGUGAAAUGCAUCGGCCUAGUUUGGGUGUGGAGGAUACAGACAGUAUCAGCAGUGACAAAUCACACAGCUUCAAAAAAUCCUCUGGUUUACGACAGCAUGCCAGGUUUACUUUGCUUCUGCAGAACGGAUCCCAGAGAUGGAGAGUCUCCAAAGGUUGAAAUGCCAAAUAACAUAAAACAUGUUCUGUCGACUCAAUAUUAAAGCCAGGGUGACUAGAUGCAUACACCUUUCUCCCUGAAGUACUGCCCAAGUAUGUGGUGAUUCUGAGCUCUCCACAGCCCAGUUCAGAACAGCUAACACAUAUGUAUGCUGUCGUUGGACAGGCUGGUUCAUAGCCUUAGACCUCUGCCAAGAUGCUGGAGGAAAGGAGGGGUUUUUCCUAGACUGUGGAUUGGUGUAACAAAGCAAUGGCUGUGUCAGCUGGGCCUUCAUCCAAGAACAAACCAGCACAAACCAGCAUCUUCUACCAGUUAGCACUGUCUUCCUGGACCAUGCCGAGGGUUAGGCCUCUCUCUCAGAGUCCCUCCUCACUGUAUUUCUGUGUGCCUGUUCCCUUCAUGCCUAAGUCAGGACUACAUGGAGAGACAGCCUACAUCUGACAGACUCCCACAAAACAAACUGCCAGCAAACUUUCUAACUCGUAUUUUAACUGUUCAGGAGGGGAAUUAAAACAAAUUUUUGGACUAUUUUUUUUUAUUUUUAAAAAUUGUUCUUUAGGUUUAAAACUUCCAGAGAUAGAAGCAGGCUUCUGAGGUAUGGGGUCUCGCUGUGUGCUCUCUCUCCUUGCUGCCAUUAAGCCAAAACGGAAGCUGUGAACAUAAGUGCUUGAGAGAAUGCGUGUUGCUAAGAAAGUGAUUUAUUUACAGAUCCAAGUCUUUGUCUUAUGAAACUACCAAAAAAGAAUGUCACCUUUUUUCUUUGUUGUGGAACCAGAGGUUAUAAAAAGGAAAAAAAAAAAAGCUGUUUUGUUGUAUUUUUGAUGCUGGCACAAGGUUCUUGUCCACUUUGGUUUUUCGUAUCUCUGUAUGUAAGAAAUUCUGUUUGUUGUUUACUAUGGAAUUAGUAUUACAUUUUGAGGUAAACAAAGAAUUUGUAUUGCUUGAUAAACUAUUAGCUUGUAAAUUAAUUUUUUUUCUUUACCUCAGUUAACUUAAGUAAUGGACCAAUAAACCUAUAAAAGAUGCUUUAUUUA